AUGCCUCAUCCUUCCAUCACACUCCCAACCCAUCCCAACACCAUCCAUGCCUCAUCCUUCCAUCACACCCCCAAUCCAUUCCAACACCAUCCAUGCCUCAUCCUUCCAUCACACUCCCAACCCAUCCCAACACCAUCCAUGCCUCAUCCUUCCAUCACACCCCCAAUCCAUUCCAACACCAUCCAUGCCUCAUCCUUCCAUCACACUCCCAACCAAGCCCAACACCAUCCAUGCCUCAUCCUUCCAUCACACCCCCAACCCAUCUCAACACCAUCCAUGCCUCAUCCUUCCAUCACACCCCUAAUCCGUUCCAACACCAUCCAUGCCCCAUCCUUCCAAUACACCUCCAACCUAUCCCAACACCAUCCAUGCCUCAUCCUUCCAUCACACCCCCAAUCCAUUCCAACACCAUCCAUGCCUCAUCCUUCCAUCACACUCCCAACCCAUCCCAACACCAUCCAUGCCUCAUCCUUCCAUCACACCCCCAACCCAUCCCAACACCAUCCAUGCCCCAUCAUUCCAUCACACCCCCAACCCAUCCCAACACCAUCCAUGCCCCAUCCUUCCAUCACACCCCCAACCCAUCCCAACACCAUCCAUGCCUCAUCCUUCCAUCACACCCCCAACCCAUCCCAACACCAUCCAUGCCCCAUCAUUCCAUCACACCCCCAACCCAUCCCAACACCAUCCAUGCCCCAUCCUUCCAUCACACCCCCAACCCAUCCCAACACCAUCCAUGCCUCAUCCUUCCAUCACACCCCCAACCCAUCCAAACACCAUCCAUGCCCCAUCAUUCCAUCACACCCCCAACCCAUCCCAACACCAUCCAUGCCUCAUCCUUCCAUCACACCCCCAACCCAUCCCAACACCAUCCAUGCCCCAUCCUUUCUUCCCCACAUCCUAAUUGUUUCUGUCUCUUAG